UUCCUGACAUUAGUAUCAUAUAUAAAUUUCUAAUCUGACAUGUUAAAACUGACGGAAUGAGCUCAGAUUAAAAAAAAAUCAUUUUUUUGGAUAAUUAUAAGAUUUUUUAUUUCUUUUUUGAAUGGGAUGUUAAAUUACCUUUCGUAUUGUGAAAAUAUCUCCCAAGGAAUGGUGUCAACAUCUGAGUGUUGUUGCUUAUAAGAGAGAGAGAGAGAGAGGGCGAUCCAUUAUUGGAAGUUCUAGCGCUAUAACACUAAUAUACAGAAGCCCCUUUCUACAAAUUUUCAAUAUCUGGCAGACAUCUGUUAGCUACUGUUAGUUACACACAUUAACGAAUAGGACAGACUUUCUCUUAUUGUUUAAACAAUAGAUGGAUUAAUUUACCAUUUCCAGAGAUAAAAUGGUAUUGCAACUGGAAUUUAUAUAACAAAUUUUAAGUAAAAGCAUUGGAUUUCAUUUUCACAAAUAUGAUACUUGCAACAAGUUGGAACGCAAAAUUACUCUCGCUGAAUUAAGGUUCAAGCCUUGACAAUACUAAGAAAGUGCUAAUUGUGUGAACAAGGUGUCUUAUAAAUGGUCCAGAAUGUGACCUCACCUUACAGUAUAUAAAGUUAAAUACAGCAGGAUUUUGCCAGAUGCAUCUUGAACGCCGUUCAGCUACAAACAUGGAGAAAACCAGCGAUCCUAUAAGCAGUGAUAGCGGAGUUACGAAACUGAGUAUGGAUAUAAGUAACAUGACACUUGAGGAAUUCCAAAAGCAGCUUGAACUUUUCGACAAUUUUACAGCGCAUCAAAGACCAGAAGAUUUGGACAUUUUAAAAGACAAACACUGGCGUAUCGCAGUCAUUGUUAUUUACAGCAUCGUUAUUCUGUUUGGAUUUCUGGAAAAUGUUGUCAUUGUAUGCGUUCUCAUCAAAAACAAACACCUUCGUGUGCCAACAAACAUAUUCAUUCUUGGUUUGGCGACGUCUGAUAUUCUACUCUGUUCAUUCAAUCUGCCAUUUCAGCUUCACUACCAGCUAACAGAUCAGUGGGCAUUUGGUGAUACACUGUGUAAAGUCAUCAUGCCCACGUUCGGAGUUCCAGUUUUUGUGUCUUCAAUGUCGAUUCUUAUGAUUGCUAUAGACAGGUACGUGCUCAUCGUUCAUCCAUUUCGUGAACGAAUGUCUUCAGAAAAAGCUAUAUGUCUGGUUAUUGGUAUCACAAUUUUCACAACGCUUUUAGCCAUUCCAAUCAUCAUGCAGAUGGAGUAUAGAGUACUUGACUUUCCUGCACUUAGAUUCUACCGGACGUAUUGCAUCGAACGUUGGACAAGUGCAGAAUUAAGACAUAUUUAUACCGUUUCCACAAUCGUUAUUCAAUUUUUUGUGCCUCUUUUUACAACAAGCUUUUUAUAUAUUAGAAUCAGCCAGGUGUUAAGUCGACGGCCAAUCAAGAAAAAUGAAAAACGUAAAAAGCACAAAACAAACAAUAUUCUGAUAGCAAUAGUGCUUGCAUUUUCAAUCUGUUGGCUGCCUUGGAACAUUUUUGCACUCACACUGGAGUUCAAUUUCACGCUCAUCCCCAGCAGGUAUAUCAAACUAAUAGACUGUCUCUUGAAAAUAUUUGCUAUGGGUUCAGCUUGCAUCAAUCCUUUCUUAUACGGAUGGCUCAAUGACAAUUUUAGAAAGGAACUUAAUGUGAUGGUAAAUCGCCAAGGUAGAAAUAGGGUGCGACAAAAUGGACAUGCGUACACACAGGCUGAUCCCUCACGCACAGAACCUAUGUUAGACAAGGUCGACAAAUUUGCUACUGCUAUACUAUAGACUUAUAUCAUGCACAGUUACAAUGUUGUUCAAUUUGUUAUUUAUGUGGGGUAAAUGUAUUAUCAAAAAGACGUAUUUGUAAAAUAUCAUGAAUAAAUAAGAUAAACUUGCAA